AUGCGACCUCGAUCUUCUUUCACCAUUUGUAUGUGUCCUCCAUCUUCUUUCUCAUCUCUACGCGACUUCUAUCUACUUUUUCCUCUCUACGUGGCCUCCAUCUUCAUUCUCUUUCACUACGUGACUUCCAUCUUCUUUCUCCUUCAUUAUGAGACUUUCGUCUUCUUUUUCCUUCUCUAUGUGACCUCCAUCUACUUUCUCCUACUCUAUGUGACCUUCAUCUAUUUCCCCUACUUUCUGUGGCCUCCAUCUGAUUUCUUCUUCACUAUUUCUUCUUAUCUAUGUGACCUCCAUAUUCUUUCAUCAUCUCUAUGUGACUUCCAUCAUCAUUUCUAUGUGACUUCCAUCUCCUUUCUUCUUCUCUGUGACCUCCAUCUUCAUUCUCCUACUUUAUGUGAUCUCCAACUUCUUUCUCCUUCUCUAUGUGACAUCCAAAUUCGUUCUCCUUAUCUAUGUGACCUCCAUUUUCUUUUUUCUUCUCUAUGUGACUUGAAACUACUUCCUCCUUCUUUAUGUGACUUCCAUUUUCUUUUUCCUUCUCUAUGUGACUUCCAUCUUCUUUUACUUUCUCUACGAGACUUCCAUUUUCAUUCUCCUUCUAUAUAUGACUUCCUUCUUCUUUCAACUUCUGAAUGA